AUGACACAGUGCAUAGACUCAUAUUCGGAAGCAACUUCCUUGAUCCGUGUUGUAAGACCAGAAAGCCGUCCAGUAAUCGCAGCUGCUCCGUCUGUGCAGACAUCGACACAAAACGACCGACUGAGUCUUCCUGAUAUGACUCGGUAUUUUCUUUUAAAUCGAGCUUUCUUUUCAUUUGCACUCUGCGACCCUUCCUGUGUCUUUCUCCAUUUUCAAAUCUGUUCAUAUCUAUCUAUCUAUCUCUUUCGCAGUCUGUUCAUAUCUAUCUAUCUAUAUAUCUUUCGAAGUCUGUUUCUAUCUAUCUAUCUAUCUAUCUAUCUAUCUAUCUAUCUCUUUCGCAGUCUGUUCAUAUCUAUCUAUCUAUCUAUCUAUCUAUCUAUCUAUCUAUCUAUCUAUCUAUCUAUCUAUCUUUCGAAGUCUGUUUCUAUCUAUCUAUCUAUCUAUCUAUCUUUCGAAGUCUGUUUCUAUCUAUCUAUCUAUCUAUUUAUCUUUCGAAGUCUGUUUCUAUCUAUCUAUCUAUUUAUCUAUCUAUCUCUUUCACAGUCUGUUCAUAUCUAUCUAUCUAUAUAUCUUUCGAAGUCUGUUUCUAUCUGUCUAUCUAUCUAUCUAUCUAUUUAUCUAUCUAUCUCUUUCACAGUCUGUUCAUAUCUAUCUAUCUAUAUAUCUUUCGAAGUCUGUUUCUAUCUGUCUAUCUAUCUAUCUAUCUAUUUAUCUAUCUAUCUCUUUCACAGUCUGUUCAUAUCUAUCUAUCUAUAUAUCUUUCGAAGUCUGUUUAUAUCUAUCUAUCUAUCUAUCUAUCUAUCUCUUUCACAGUCUGUUCAUAUCUAUCUAUCCAUCUAUCUUUCGAAGUCUGUUUAUAUCUUUCUAUCUAUCUCUUUCACAGUCUGUUUAUAUCUAUCUAUCUAUCUAUCUCUUUCGCAAUCUGUUCAUAUCUAUCUAUCAAUCUAUCUUUCGCAGUCUGUUUAUAUCUUUCUAUCUAUCUCUUUCACAGUCUGUUUAUAUCUAUCUAUCUAUCUAUCUCUUUCGCAGUCUGUUCAUAUCUAUAUAUCUAUCUUUCGCACUCUGUUUCUACCUGUCUAUCUAUCUCUUUCGCAGUCUGUUCAUAUCUAUCUAUCAAUCUAUCUAUCUUUCGCAAUCUGUUUAUAUCUCUCUAUCUAUCUCUUUCGCAAUCUGUUUAUAUAUCUAUAUAUCUAUCUCUUUCGUAGUCUGUUCAUAUCUAUAUAUCUGUCUUUCGCAGUCCGUUUCUAUCUAUCUAUCUAUCUAUCUUUCGCAGUCUGUUUAUAUCUACCUAUCUCUCUCUCUCUCUCUCUCUCUCUCUCUAUCUAUCUAUCUAUCUAUCUAUCUAGAUCUAACUUUUUAUACUUAAGAUAUCUUCAUAGCUGUUGCGAUGAAAGAAAAGAAACCCACGAUCAUUUUAUUCAACAAAUUCCUCGGGAUAUGGACGUCUACACACAUCCUGUUCCGAUCUCUUUCUUAUCUAUCUCUCCCUUUUUUUCCGUUUCGCUUUUCUCUUCCCGUUUCUUUCUAUAUUCAUUCUCGAUCCCCCUUUCUUACACGCCCUUUUUCUCUCUCUAUCUUCAGACAUGCUCUCUUUUUUUUCUCUCACUCUCCCCCUCUCUCAUUCUUUUUCAUUCUAUAUUCUCAUUUCUGCUACCUCUCCAACUUUCACUAGAUCGACGUACUGAGAUCGCUGACGAUAAAAUUCUCUCUCUCUCUCUCUCUCUCUCUCUCUCUCUAUCUAUCUAUCUAUCUAUCUAUCUAUCUUUCCUCUCUUUCUCUAUCUAUCAGUCUGUAUGCGAGAAGAGCCGGAAAAUUUCUCAGUCCGACUAUGUUACUUCUAUUUUGGGAAAUGGCUUCCACUGA